UAACCAGAAUUUUUUUUUUGAAAGAAUCACAAUUAAUUUUAGAACGGUACGCCAGAUUUUAAUUAUUUUUUCGAGAAGAAAAUGAUGAAUUUUGCCCACAACCCUACCUAUGUAGCGGCUCUUGGAAUGUCAGCUCCACUAGGACUUCCGGCGCAUACUUUCCCGCCAACUUCCAUUGGAACGGGUGCUCGAGACAGAAUGUUACCCCAGAGAUCUCCUUUUGCUAUUCAGGAGCUGUUAGGACUAGGAAAUGAUGAAAGCGAGAGACUGAGGGUAUCCGAAGCCAUUAUAAGUCCUUACCUGUCUUCCUCACUGGAGGCAUCCCGGGGGUCGGGGUUGAAAGAGACAAGUACCCCACUUCCGCCUUAUUCUUCUUGGAGAUCUUCAUUUUUGAGUGCACUCACGAGUACUGCUCACUCUGUUCUUAAUCUCACGUCACCUGUCACAAAAAGCGACAUAAAACAAGCUUCCGAGCAGUCGAAUAGUGAAAAACUGGGCUAUGAAAAUACGGAACCUCAUGUUGUUGGCAAGAAGAAGAAAAAGAAAAGGCGACACAGGACAAUAUUUACAAGUUACCAACUCGAAGAAUUGGAGAAAGCCUUCAAAGAUGCACAUUAUCCAGACGUCUAUGCGCGUGAGGUGCUAGCCUUGAAGACAAGUCUUCCAGAAGACCGGAUACAGGUUUGGUUCCAAAACCGUCGGGCAAAGUGGCGGAAAACGGAGAAGACAUGGGGUCGAAGCAGCAUUAUGGCGGAGUAUGGACUGUAUGGUGCAAUGGUUCGCCAUUCUCUACCGCUUCCAGAAACCAUCCUUAAAAGUGCUCAAGAUGGCGUCGUGGACUCAUGUGCACCCUGGCUUUUAAGCAUGCACAAAAAGUCCAUAGAAGCUGCGGAAAAAUUAAAAAAUGUUGAUGAGAUCCGUUCAGACACGUCAUCUCCAGACAUACGUGAUAGAGACGAACGGCGAUCGGAAAGCAUCGCGACUCUACGUGCUCGAGCACAAGAGCACAACGCAAAAAUCGGAACAGAACUUUGUGACAACUCCGAUUCGGACAGCGAGGACGGGAGCUCGAGCCCUUAUCACAGCAGAUUUGAAGAGCCUCGUUCUGACACAGACAAAACACUUGGAAAUGAAGAAAUUGAAGUUGUUUGAUCUAUUUAUACAAACCAAUAAUAUACAUU